AUGUUCCUUCACUCUGGAGCAAGUCUACACGGUCAUGAAUAUUCGGUCAAGAGGUCGACGUCUGCACCAUUACAGCCUCCCAGAAGACUUCCCAUCCUGAAGUCUGCCCUCCGCCCGCUCGCCUCUCCUUCCGAAUCGAGCGAGACCGACUAUUUCACAUCACAUUCAUCCAGCCUGCAGAACACGCGGAGAGCCUCGACCGACGGGACUAGCCGCUCUCCUUCGUUGGUUCUCCGUCAACGAGCCGUUUCCAACAGUUUUACUAAGAAAGAUCUUGCCGUGCGGUUCCGCGAGCCAGGAAUGGACCAGAUCCAGACACCAUCGGCCAGUGAGGAUGACGAAUCCAUCGCCGGUUCAGAACUUACGGAUGGCACCACCGACACACCAAUACGCCAGAAGAGGCGGAGACGCUUACCUCGCAAAUCCACACGAUAUGCUCUUGCACAGCCGGCGCCGCAACUACGCACCAAGCAAAGAAGACUGGUUCAAAUCCGACCUCGGUUACUGCUACAGCUUCAAGAAAUCGGCGACAGAAGAGCCAUCCCAGCCUUUGACUUGAUUCCAUCUCAAGUUGUAGCAGGAGCCCUAAUCAUUCCUAAGUUGUCAAAAAGAUUCCCUCGAGUGUUUCACGCAAAUGCUGAGCUGAGUCAAAAUGACGUCCUACUGGUUCGCAGCGAUGACUAUGGCUCGACAUCGGCACUGUCGUCCUUGAGUUCUGAAGAGGAUGGUAGCAAUCUUCAUGAUAAAGACGUCUGCGCCGUCAUUAGUGCUUUGUCAGAGGACUGCGAACACUCUGCAGAAAUCGUUCUAGAAGAUGGUGUCCCGUGGUAUGCCUCACCAAUGGCGAAUGGCUCAUAUGAGUUUAUAAGAACAGAUGAUCACGGUGAGACCACAACCGCGCGCUGGGUGCGGCGGUCUAACAUCUCGACCCGCAAUAGCAUUGCUUCAUUCGAGCCAUCCUCAUCAGCGCGGUCCAGCAUUCAAGACUCCUUGCCCGACUCCAGAUGGACCUUUAGCAUCAUUGAUCCCUCAUCCAGGAGGCAUCCCAUCAUGGGCAACUUGACAUCAGAGACAAUUGAGGUGUAUGAACAUUACACAUCAUUAUCCACAUCUAGCGGUCGGUUUCCCCCGACACGCCCAUUCGGACCGGAGAUGAGUGGUCGCGACCGGAGCCCGUCUCCCGCAGGAUUUAAUCUAGAAUCUAGAGCCACAAUGGAGGUGCUCCCAGAGGAGAAGGCACUGAUGAUUGCCACUGCGAGUUGGGUUCGACUUCACCAACAAGGGUGGCCCGCCUCGGCGAAUCCCAAGUUUGCAAGGUCUAUCCCAUCUCAUUGUCGGUCAGCAAGCGUAAACACGUGUUCCACAGCGCGACGACAAACCUUCCCAUCUUACGAUGGAGAUAGCUCUCGUGCGACGAGCCCGAUCAACCCGACGCAGUCACCGGACAGCAUGGGUGCUGCAUCGUUCUCCAAACGCCAGCAGCGCCAAACGAUGCCAGCGAGGGCAAUGUCCACCGGAAGAGCUUUUAUGAAGCGGAGGAGUGACCGCAUGGAGGAACUAGCAACAGUGUAUAGCCAAGAACCAACUCGACCUGUGCGCGAAUCGGAGAAAUUAAGCAUGCAGCAGGAGGAAAAGGCAGGCUGUCUGACCAAAAUUCGGCAGUGGACGCACAAGCUGUUUCAUCGUAAGCGAGACACUAUGGGCUAA